UUUCAUCUCAACAAAAGCAUGUCGAGUCACUUACUCUCACAGCAGAAGAAAUAACUUGAAGCUUGCCAAUUCGUUUCACAUCACUUAAUACGACGCCGUCUAGAGUGAAGAAUCUGCUUCUCUCUUGCCCUAAAGCGAGUUAGGGCUUAAGACAAAGUAGCACCACUUUUGAUUUGUGUCUCUUUGCUAUGUUUUUGUCGGUUUGUGUAACCGAUCAACUCAAGCUAUUGGCUCCUCACUCACUGAAACUUGACCAAAGUUUAACUUCACCCUCACAAUAUCAUUUAUACAUGAGCCACAAGAAAAUAAUUAACCAGUAGAUGCGACGGUCAUGGACGGUGUUUACGAUCAAUCAGGAGGAGCUUCUCGUUACUUUCACAACCUCUUUAGGCCUGAGCUUCACCACCAGCUUCAACCACAGCCUCAGCCUCAUCGCCAUCCUCAACUUCAACCUCAGCCUCAGUCAGAUGAUGAAUCUGACUCCAACAAGGAUCCGGGUCCACCAGAUUCUGACCCGGUUACCUCGGGUUCAUCUCAGGGGAAGCGUUCACGUGGACGUCCUCCGGGAUCUAAGAACAAGCCGAAGCCACCGGUGAUUGUGACAAGAGAUAGCCCUAACGUGCUUAGAUCUCAUGUUCUUGAAAUCUCAUCUGGAGCCGACAUAGUUGAGAGCGUCAACACUUACGCUCGCCGGAGAGGGAGAGGUGUCUCCGUUCUCAGUGGUAACGGGGUGGUGUUAAACGUCGUUCUCCGGCAGCCGGUGACGGCUUAUGGGAGUAAUGGUGGAGUUGGAGCCGGAGCUGGAGGGGUUGUGACUUUACAUGGCAGGUUUGAUAUUCUUUCCAUCACUGGCACGGUUCUUCCACCGCCGGCGCCGCCGGGAGCCGGUGGUCUGUCAAUCUUUGUCGCCGGUGCACAAGGUCACGUGAUCGGAGGAAGCGUGGUGGCUCCGCUCGUAGCUUCGGGUCCAGUGAUACUGAUGGCUGCAUCCUUCUCUAACGCAACUUUUGAGAGGCUGCCGCUGGAAGAUGAAGGAGGAGAAGGUGGAGGAGGAGGAGGUCCACCGCCCCCUACGUCAGCAUCACCACCUUCCGGAGCUGGUCAGGGAGAGUUAAGAGGUAAUAUGAGUGGUUAUGAUCAGUUUCCUGGUGAUCCUCAUUUGCUUGGCUGGGGAGCUGGAGCAGCUUCAAGACCAUCUUUUUAGAUUUGAAAAAAAUA